UAAUAUAAUAGUUAUUUGCAAGAAAAAUGAAAUAAAUAAAAAAAAAUUCGCAUAUUGGAUUAUCUAAUUUAUUUGUUACUGCGGUGAGGUUAGAACUCAACGUAAUACAGCCGGGCGGCUAUUAAAGCAAUAAAUUGUCGACUGGCAUACGCUAUCGUUACUUCCAGCUACGACAGCUACCGCGGCUAUCGGUAGCCGGCUAUAAUCAUUAGCUGUCUAUGUCGACGACAGAUAAACUAGCUGCGGCUAUUAUUUGUAUAUCCGCUAUAUAGCUGGUUAUGGGUAUAGUUACACAUCGCUAUCCAUCCCUUGUCACUGUCACUUGUCAGCGCCAUAUUAGUUUUGAUUUGGAAGACUGUGAGUGGUGUGAAGUGUGCUUUAAAUACGUAUAUUAUUCAAACUUUUACUCUUUUAUGCUAGUGUAUAGUUAAUUUUUAGGAAUUUUAUAUAGUUUAUAGAAUAAGUAUUAUAUUUUCAAUAAUGGAUGUGCUGCUAACAUUGCUUUACGUGUUAUUUUCAAUAUGUGUGUUAUAUCCACCCACGGAGUUCGUAUCAGCUGGCUUCGUCAUCGCUCAGCUAUUUGAAAACUAUUUGGGUUCGGAAAAAAAGAACUUUAUUGAAUAUCAUACGAAGAGGAUAACGAUGACCGCUCUAAUACAUUCCACGUUACCAUUUGGGUAUGUAAUUUGUUUGUGGUGCGGGGGCGAGCGAGGGCCGUGGAUGUUGUCGGCGGCUGUGGGAACAGCGAUUUUACCAAUAAUGAUGUGCUAUAAGAUACUGUGUUGGUGGGAAUACAACAGUACCAAACAUCCCGCUGUGAGGUCGCUGCUAUAUUAUGCCUCACCUGGACAAGAUUGGCGAGUGGUGGCUAACAGCCUUAAUAUUGAAUUUAGAAGUGUUGAUAAAGUGUCCGUACCAUUAACAGCUACAAGUAAAUUUGUAGCCACUGAAACCUGGCUCAUAAAAGUGUCACAAUACAAGUUGAAUAUUGUGAAGCAGGACGACUGCACACUCAUGGUUACUGCUACGGACAAUCAUAAUGUCACAUCAUCGGGAGAAGACAAAAUUCAAUAUGUGAAUAUAGAAGCAAUUCCAUCUGUUGACGAAGUGGAGCGCUUCGUGUUUCGUGUGUCGACAGCUGCUAUGAGGGACCUGCUGCAGAGGCUGGCCCGCCCCAUAAGGGUGCCCGAACACCUAUCUCUCUUAACCACUCAGAUCGAGAGAUUUGUCGCAGUGUUCAAGCAACAUAUUGAACAGAAUCCUAUUUAUUAUGUGGACCAGGAAAUAGAACAGUGCAUCUGUUGUAUGCAGAGUCAAGCGGACGUGAAGAUCACGCGCCGAUGUUUGGCACCUCCACCACAUUUAGGGGGCGGCCUACAGCAGUGCAAAAAUUGUAACUGCAGGGUGCUGUGGUGCGCGGCGUGCAUAGGGCGGUGGUGGGCGACGCGCGCGGCGGGCCCGCAGGAGCGGUGGCUGGCGGGCCGCUGCACGUGCCCCGUGUGCCGCGCGCCCUUCUGCCUGCUGGACGUGUGCCCCGCGCGCCCCGCGCGCCCCGCGCCCCGCUCCCAGGCUCCAGUCUAGUUGUCCAACUGCAUACUUGCACUUAAAAUGAACAACUCUAGUGCUGACCGAACUUUGAACAAAGUUUUUUACAAGGUCGGCUCUCAAUGAAAUAAAUCUGUUUUCUUCUUUUAAUUAUUAUUGAAUUAAAGCAAUGAAUUCUAAUUUUUUUUUUUUAUUCUUUGACUACUCGCCAUGAUAUUAAUAUUUUGUAAUUGUAACGAUUUGUAACUUGAUACUUGUCAAUAGGUAUUGUUUUAUACGAAUUAAUACCCGUUAGACGGUUGCUGUUCUUGCAGUAACUGAAUUCAGUCGUCAGAUACAAGUAGCCUACAAAAUUUGUGUGGGAUAUUUAUAAGAGAUGGCCGUUUUCUUUAUUUUAGAACAUAAUUUUUCGUAUUUUUAAGUGAACAAAAUUUUUACUAUUAUAGUUUUUAAUUGUACCACCAACAAAAAAUUACUCUAUUUGCCGGUAAUUAGUAUAACUUUAGAAAUAUCUUACUUAAUUUUAUAAAUGUGAAAAUUUGUAAAUAUAUAUGUUACAUGUUUGAAUGUUUGAAACUGCUGAAUAGAUUGGAAUCAAUGGUAAAUUGUGUAUUUAAAUGUUUGAUGAUAAAUGUAUUUGAAUAUAAUAUUACCCACCUAAUGUAAUUCUAUUUUUACACAAUCCAUUUUUAUAUUGUAAUUAAAUAUUAUUAAUCGAUUUAUAUGUACAUUAUUGGUGCUUAUAGAGGCUGUGAUUUUUUUUAAACUUAUACAUUUUUUAAUAUUUAUAAUUAGGUUACCAAUGAUUUGUAAGUAAUUUCGAAUGUUUAAACUAGGUAAAUGUUGCUUAAAUUAGUGUCUAAAUAUAUAAAUAAAUGUAAAUAAAUGUAUUCAUUUAUUUUAAUCUUUUGUUUAAUUUUUUUUUUUUUUGUAACCAUUAACCCUUAUUUGAAAACAUUAAAACCAUAAACCUGCUACACUAUUUUAUUAUUUCAGCCGCUAACUGUCCGCUGGUGGACAUAAGCCUUCCCAGUAAGGGGAGUUUUGCAACUGCUGUUGCCACGCUCGGCAGGCGGAUUGGCAACAGCAGUUAGCCCAUUGUGACGAA